AUGCAAAGCAUACCCAUGUAUGGUCGCAGGAUCUCUCCAUAUCUGUACAAAUUGAUAAAACAACUCUCGUUUCGAUGUGAAGUUGGCAACGGGCCAAGAUGGUGGACCAAUCAUGGCGCGAAAAGCAAAGAGCGCGCGGAGGCGAGGCGCUCCUCAAAAAUCCCCACUGAGCUCGUUCGCCGUUCAUAUCUACGAGCAGUGCGACAAGAGAGACGCGUAGUGUUAAGUAAUUUAAUUUAUUCAUUUUUUAAAAAACAAAUAAUGAGGGAAAUCGUGCACAUUCAGGCCGGCCAGUGCGGCAACCAGAUCGGAGCUAAGUUCUGGGAAAUCAUCUCUGACGAGCACGGCAUCGACCCUACCGGCGCCUAUCACGGUGACUCUGACUUACAGUUAGAGCGUAUCAACGUUUACUACAAUGAAGCAUCAGGCGGAAAAUAUGUGCCUCGCGCCAUCCUCGUCGAUCUCGAGCCCGGUACCAUGGACUCUGUCCGUUCCGGACCAUUCGGACAGAUCUUCCGCCCUGACAACUUCGUUUUUGGACAGUCCGGUGCCGGUAAUAACUGGGCCAAGGGACACUACACAGAAGGUGCUGAGCUCGUCGACUCAGUACUUGACGUAGUACGCAAAGAAUCAGAGUCAUGCGACUGUCUACAAGGAUUCCAACUCACACACUCCCUUGGCGGCGGUACCGGAUCCGGAAUGGGAACUCUACUCAUCUCAAAGAUCCGUGAAGAAUACCCAGAUAGAAUUAUGAACACAUACUCAGUCGUCCCCUCGCCCAAAGUAUCAGACACUGUCGUCGAACCCUAUAAUGCUACUCUCUCAGUUCACCAGCUUGUAGAAAACACAGACGAAACUUACUGUAUCGACAACGAGGCUUUGUAUGACAUCUGCUUCCGUACUCUCAAGUUAUCCACACCCACCUAUGGCGAUCUUAACCACUUAGUCUCCCUCACAAUGUCAGGUGUCACCACAUGCCUCAGGUUCCCCGGUCAGUUGAAUGCUGAUCUCCGUAAAUUAGCUGUCAACAUGGUUCCUUUCCCACGUCUUCACUUCUUCAUGCCUGGUUUCGCUCCUCUUACAUCACGUGGUAGCAGACAAUACCGUGCCCUCACCGUCCCAGAGCUCACACAACAGAUGUUCGACGCCAAGAACAUGAUGGCUGCCUGCGACCCGCGCCACGGCCGCUACCUCACCGUCGCCGCCAUCUUCCGAGGCCGCAUGUCCAUGAAGGAAGUCGACGAACAGAUGCUCAACAUCCAGAACAAGAACUCGUCCUACUUCGUGGAAUGGAUCCCGAACAACGUUAAGACCGCCGUGUGCGACAUCCCACCACGAGGCCUCAAGAUGGCCGCCACCUUCAUCGGCAACUCGACCGCCAUCCAGGAACUGUUCAAGCGCAUCUCUGAACAGUUCACGGCUAUGUUCAGGCGGAAGGCUUUCUUGCAUUGGUACACCGGCGAAGGUAUGGACGAGAUGGAGUUCACAGAGGCGGAGAGCAACAUGAACGAUCUCGUGUCUGAGUACCAGCAGUACCAGGAGGCUACAGCCGACGAGGACGCUGAGUUCGACGAGGAACAGGAGCAGGAGAUGGAAGACCACCACUAAACGCUAACGACGAAAAGCUCGUCGCUAUAAAAGUACAUGCCAUUU